GUUCCGGUGUCAGUUUGAGGCGCCGCCGCCGCAGCCGCCGGAGCCGCGAUGCCUAAAGGAGGGAGAAAGGGAGGCCACAAAGGCCGGGCUAGGCAGUACACGAGCCCCGAGGAGAUUGGCGCACAGCUCCAGGCUGAAAAGCAGAAGGCCAGGGAAGAAGAGGAACAAGGAGAAGAAGGUGGAGAUGGGGCUGCAGGUGACCCCAAAAAGGAGAAAAAGUCCCUAGACUCAGAUGAGAGCGAGGAUGAAGAAGAUGAUUACCAGCAAAAGCGCAAAGGUGUAGAAGGGCUCAUCGACAUUGAGAACCCCAACCGGGUGGCACAGACAACCAAAAAGGUCACACAGCUGGACCUGGACGGGCCCAAGGAACUUUCAAGGAGAGAAAGAGAAGAAAUUGAGAAGCAGAAAGCAAAAGAGCGUUACAUGAAAAUGCAUUUAGCGGGGAAGACGGAGCAAGCCAAGGCCGACCUUGCCCGGCUGGCGAUCAUCCGGAAACAGCGGGAGGAGGCUGCCAGGAAGAAAGAAGAAGAGAGGAAAGCAAAAGAUGAUGAAGCUUUGCCACGAAAAUGAAUGCAGUCGCUCUCCCUGAAUAAGUAGCACGGCCUGUGGGAGGAGAUAGCAGGGAACUGGGCCGUGCUGCCAGAACCCCUGCCGUGUCUCACCCACCCGUUGCCCCGGCGCCACUGCAGCAGCCCCUCGCGGCGAGGAGCCCCCCACGGCUCCUCUUCAUCUUGGCAC